GCAGCAAGAGUGCGGGUCUCCUCUGAAAUUCCUCCCCAACAGCACCCGUGAGGGGAAAGGAACAGACACCCCACCCUUCCCCAUCAGCUCACCCCACCCUUCCCCAUCAGAACUGUCUGCAGCUCUCUUCUCUCUCUGAAUAACAUUGAGGGACUCCUCAGCUGUCCUCCCCAAAGGGGCUGUGGACCCCCCAGUUUGAAGGUCCUGAGCACCAUUCAAGCCACAGUCACCAUCAGUCAGUAGAUCAGAUCUUUGUAUCGGGGUCUCUUUACCUUGACUUACCUGACAGGGCCAGGGUUUGCCCAGCUUGGUCUGGGCUUCAAGCCCACUAAAUAGCUCUCAGUAUCAGUGUUUUCUUUGUUGUUUGACUGGCUUGUACGUUACCGCUCUACUCCAAAUCCCUGAUUUUGUAUCAUUCCCUAUCCUGGUUCACACAGCCACCUCUGUCUUUGGAGAAAGGAAGGGAAGGGCAUCGGAAAACACUGGGGCAAACUGCAGGGGAUAGACCUGGAUCAGAGGAGCGGGCCUGUGCUCUUCAGCACAGAAACAUCUGCCAGACACCUCCCAUCUGUUCACCUGAUUCAUCUUUGUCAAUUCUCUGUGCUCACACCUCCCCCAUAGCACAUUGGUUUUGGGAUUAGGGCCAGAGUGGCCCAGAGGAGAGCCAGGCCUGUGUCACAUCCCUCUCUAGGGGCCUGGCACUUCAGGGGGCAGAGUCUUUAUGGAGGCAUGUGGGAGGGAUGCCCCAGGCCCCACAAUCCCUUAGUGACAGCCCUAGGGCACUGCCUCUAUAGAGAUAUUAGAAAGUCCCUCAAUCUCUCCCAGCGAGUGACCCGUUGGGGGCAUGGGGUGGAAUUUCUCUUGCUCCCGUUUUCUUUAGAACAUGGUUUAUUUAAUUCACAGACAGUGAAAAGACCCUUAGAACAGUGUAAAGCCGCCAUCACCUCUUAGCUAUGGCACAGGGCGCAGCAAAACAAGGUGUUCCCCAUCACACCUGCUCCUCACACAGUGCCAGGGUUUGUGUCAACCGUGGGCAGCUUUGCAGGCAGAGGAGCGCAGCUGCCUAGUCAAAGCUCCCAAACCAGUAAAUUCCACAGUGACUGUUUCCCAAACACCCUUAAUUCUGCCCCUUAUUCAAAUAUAUUAUGCUGCCAUACUUUAUUGCACGAUCACGUAUUAAUUCCACCUACCUGGGUCACUGUGACAGGGCCUCUGCCCCACACUGGUCCUAACAGUGGUUAAAGCCAGCCCCAGGAGAGGGCUGGGAAUGUGGAGCAGGUAGCUGUGGCAUAUAGAGGAGAGGAGGAGAAAACACACACUCUUGCUCCUGCUGUAGAGCAGGAGGGAUCUGGCUGCCAGGGAAGCUACAGAGGGCACCUGAGACAGAACAGGGCUGGGGAAGGGCAGGCAGAGCUGGGGAGCUCUGGCUAGGCAAACUGCCAGGCUGAGGGAACUAUCAAGGUCUGAGGGAACUAGGGGGGCAGCCAGGGCAGAAGGCAGCAAGUCCCCACCCCCUUGCCAAUGGUGAGUGGCCAUGUCAGGCUGCAGUUUGCCCAAGGCAGGGGCUGGAGGUCGACUGGCAGUGCCUCACUGAGGCCAGGUGGGCAUAGGGGCUGGGGUUCCCCGGGAGGUGAGGACCCCAGAGUGCAGUGCGCUGCGGCAGGGCAGUACUGGGAGGAAAGGGCACCGGGGGCAGGAAGGGACACGGGGCCGGGAUCAGUGCAGGAGGCAGGUAACUGAGAGUGAGGCAUUGGCCAGCAGAAGGUGCUCGGAGACUGAUUCCCCCACCAGCAGGAAGGCGCCUCGGCAGCGAGUCUCAACCCAUGAGAGUCACCAGCCACGUUUCAUCCCAGACAGCGAGAUAAGCUGAGGGGGAAGGGGAUCUGCAGGGAACUAGUGGUGAGCUGGAGAUUGAAGACCAGCCUGUGACCUCCUGGCCCAGUGCACCUCCCCCAGGCCUGCAGGGCUCUUGGGGAACGAUGUAUCCCCACUCCCCCAUGAGACACAGACAAGGUGUGAGUGCAAAAUGCUGACAGUCCCAGGGUUUCCUGGGUUUUGCAGGAACUUCUGCUUACUGUGACCACACCAGAUUUCAUCUGCAAUGUAGAGACAAAGCAUGUUGUGUCCAGGAAGAGAGGCCACACUGUCAACUUCCUGUAGCCAGAGCGACCAGACGAGUACUUAUUUGGGGCUGGGUAUGGCGGCAUUGGUGGCAGCACCAAGGGGCCCCUCACUGUCCAUCAUGGCAUCUGCUCCCACCGUCCUCUUCCUCGGCUGCUGGCUGGCCGGGCACAGUGGGGUGUGGGGAGCAGGGUACGAAUUCCCCAAACCCGUCAUCUGGGUGAGCCCCAGCAGGGUGGUGGGAACCGGGGAAAAUGUCACCAUCCACUGUGAGGGUCAGUACCCAGGCAUGGAGUUCAUUCUGCAUAAAUCUGGGCACCAGAACCUGCAACAGCAGGUGGUGCCGGCCGGGACCAUGGCUGAGUUUCCCCUCCGGAGCGUGAGCCAGGGAGAUGCCGGGAGCUACACUUGCAAAUAUCACCGCACAAUGGAGCCAAGUCGCUGGUCACAUCCCAGUGACAACUUGGAGCUGGUGGUAGCAGAGCCCAGCGAACCCAAACCCAGCAUCUCCCUGAACCGCAGCGAGGGGGUCACUCUGAGGGACACCGUGACCAUCUGGUGUCAGGGUCAGCGCCGGGGCAGGCGCUUCGUGCUGAAGACAGAGGGAGGCCAUUUUCUGUAUGCAGAUCCAGAUGGAUUUGAGGCUGAGUUUCUCCUUAGCAACCUGAGCCGGGAGCAGGGCGGGAGCUACAGCUGCUUCUAUCGCAGCAGAUCGGAGCCGUUCACUGUGUCGUACCCCAGUGACCCUGUAGAGCUGGUGCUGAGAGAUCCCAGCCUGCCCAGACCCUCCAUCUCUUUGAGACCCACUUGGGUCACCACCCCAGGGGAAGACAUCACCAUCUGGUGCCAGGGGCCAGGCCGGGACAUGAGAUUCUUCCUGCACCCGCCUGGAAACCUGGAACAGCAGCGCCCCAUGGACCCUGCUGAGGACGGGGCUGAGUUCCACAUCCACCCUGUGGGCCAGCAGCAUGGAGGGAGCUACAGCUGCAGCUACCGGCCCCGCUCAGAGCCCUUUGUCUCCUCGCAGCUCAGUGACCCUGUGGAGCUGGUGGUAGUAGAUUACACACGGCACAACAUCAUCCGUCUGGCCCUGGCUGCCGGGGUGCUGCUGGGCCUGGCCCUGAUCCUGGCUGAGGCUGCCCACGGCUGGAGGAGAGGCACACACUGGAAGCCUGGAUCCCGCUGUGCAGAGAAGGGGAUGAAUCCCGUGCAGUGUUUGUUAUAGGUGUUCUGUGUGAUUCGAUGUUCCACCCCGCACGGCACUUCUAGUGCUGGGAUAAGAAUAGAAGUAUGAUGGGGUAAUGAGACCUAACCAACGACUGGCAUAUAAGUUCUGUGUGAUUCUACCCUGCACGUCCCCCUCACUUCUCGUUUGCAUCACCAAGCAAGUUGUGCUUCUUGUCUGCAUUGCCAAUGAACUGAUGUAAAGGUCUUUUGUCAUUUCUUUAGUAACUGUGCACAGUGGUCCCUCUAAUUUAUCCAUCCAAUGAUGGAAUAAAUGUUGUUAUGUGCACUGAGGCAUGGGCAAUUGUACACCACCACCAGAAAUAAAACUGUGUGCCAGCUGUGGGAGGCUGUGGGCGCUCUGCCAAUUAGCUGGGCGGCCCCUGGAUUUCUCCUGGGCUGCGCUUCCAGGUAAUACUUACUAUGUAAUCCGGUGUCUGAAAUGCUCCGUAAGAUUGUGCAGUGGGAAAGCAUCAUGCAUGUCCACACGGCCAAGCAGACGUGAGAGACUUGGAAUGGAGCAAAGAACGUCCAGCGUUCCUGAUGAAUUAACAGACUGGAUCAGCCUUGGAGACAAUGUGAGGCUGGGAACAAGAACUAAUGAGGGGAAGCCCCAUCAAAGGACAACUACAGGAAAAUGCCAAGAUUAGGCUCAUGGACAGCAGCACGACAGUGCAAAACCCAUCAACUCACAUGGGAUCGCACAAGUACAGAAAUGGGCUGCGUUUGCCGGGGGACUCUGGGUUCAAUCCUCCAAGACCUCGGAGCAUCGAAUCAUGAGCAGCAGGGCCCAGCUCCUCCCUCAUGUUCAAUCAAACUGAGCACAAGAUUGACCUGAGCCAGGACAGCCUGGUAUGUGUGUUUUGUGAAUGCAUAUGCUGCUUCUCAUGUUGUU